AUUUGAUUCAAGUUUGGGUAUAUGUUUGGGGUUAAAAUCAAGUUGUGGGUUAGUUUUGGCAAAAACCCCUUAGUAUAAUCUGAGAUAUAGACUGUCCAUGCAUGCAAGUUAUUCUCUAUACCUCUCUUAAAAAGGCAAUCUCAUCUCAGUAAUUCUCCGUAAUCCAACCACACCCGGACCAACGAAUAAGGAUAUUUUGAUCGUUAAAGCUUUUCCAGUAUUAUGCAUCUUCGUUUCAACUUGUCACCGAGGAUCUUGUUACUAUUUCUAACACUUUUAUCAGGGACAAAAUGGUCGGAGUCAGCUCGAGUAUUCACAAUCGUAAACUCAUGUGACCAAACAAUCUGGCCAGCGAUAACACCCGGAGAAAACUUCAACGGCGGAGGAUUCGAGCUCAAACCGGGCCAAUCCAUAGUCUUCAACGCGCCAGUAGGCUGGUCAGGUCGAAUAUGGGGACGAACCGGCUGCAAUUUCGACAAAACCGGAACCGGAACAUGCGAAACCGGUUCAUGCGGCUCGACCCUAAAAUGCUCAGCCUCCGGAAAACCACCAGCUUCACUCGCCGAGUUCACGUUAGCCGCAUUGGAUUUCUACGACGUGAGUCUCGUCGACGGGUUUAAUCUUCCGAUGUCCGUGACUCCGAUGAACGGAAAGGGAAACUGUAGUGUCGCCGGCUGUGUGGCUGACCUGAGAUCAAAGUGUCCGCCGGAGCUUGCCGUGAAAUCUAAGGGGAAAGUGGUUUCGUGUAGGAGUGCUUGUGAUGUGUUCGAUAGAGAUGAGUAUUGUUGUAGAGGAGUUUAUGGGAAUCCUGUUACGUGUCGACCAACAAAUUACUCGAAAAUGUUCAAGGAAGCUUGUCCUACUGCUUAUAGCUAUGCUUAUGAUGAUCCGACCAGUAUCUUCACUUGUUCCGGCACUGAUUACGUCAUCUCUUUCUGUUCCUCCAAGAAGAAGCCGGUGUGUACGUACCAUGAUAACAAGUUGGCAUGCAGCGAUGGUUCUGGUUCAGGUGGAUUCAGGACGAUGACUGGGAGAUUGUGGCUUAUAUUGAUGUUGUCUAUUUUUGCUUUUAUCUACUCUUAGUUCUUUUUUUUCGAGGAAAAAUCCUCAGGUCACUAAGCCACGUUAAAUUCAAAGAUAAAAUGU